AUGCUUGGCUUCGGACAUCUCGACUUUCGUGGGACGUUCAACAAGCGGUUGACAACAGCCGUCUUGUUGAUCACCAUCUCACAGUUCAACUUUGGUUUCGAUCAGCAGGGCUUUGCCGCAACCCAGGCCAUGACUGCUUUUGACAAGCAGUUCGGCCAUUGGGAUGAAGCAAAGCAAGACUAUGUGCUCGACACCGUCUGGCUGUCCUUCUUUAACGGAUUCAUCUACCUCGGCCAAGCCGCUGGUGUUUUAAUUGGUAGCUGGAUCAGCAAGCGAUAUGGAAGGAGAAUGUGCAUGUUUACCAUGAGCAUCUGGGCCUUGGUUACCGCCACCAUCGUUAUUACGUCUCGCACACCAACUCAAAUACUGGUCGCUCGUGUCCUCAACUACAUCUACAUCGGCAUGGAACUGGCGGUCGUUCCCGUCUUCCAAUCCGAGAUAACUCCAAAGCACGCGAGAGGAUUUGUGGUUGGUACUUAUCAGAUAAGUCUAUUUAUCGGCGGGUUGACUAUGAACUGUAUUGCUCGAGGAACCAGCACUCUGUCCGGCCGCCAAGCAUACAUGAUACCGUAUGGUUUGUUCUAUGUUGUCCCUACUUUUAUCAUCUGCACGAUAUGGUUCAUUCCCGAGUCCCCGAGAUGGCUCGUCCUCAAGGAUCGAAAAGCCGAUGCCCUCGCCUCUUUGAAGGAGCUUCGAGUUGGAAAGUACACCGAGGAACAGAUCGAAGAAGAAUACGGCGGUAUCGUAACAGCCGUUGAACAAGAAUACCAGACAAAAAGCGGGUCCUUCUUGGACAUAUUCAAGCCGCAACAUCGCACACGUACCGUUAUCGUGACUGGAGCCAACUUCUUUCUGCAGUCCACUGGACAGAUCUUCACAUCUAUCUACGGCGCGCUUUUUGUUAAAUCGCUUGGAACGAUCAACCCAUUCACUAUUACGGUGGUAAUUGCAGUCGUCAACAGUUUCACAUCUCUGUUGGCCAUGGUUUUGACAGAUAAACUGGGCCGAAGAUUCCAAGUACUUUUGGGCGCUUCCAUUCAAGUGUCCGCUCUGAUGACCAUGGGCGGCCUCAGUACCGUUAGCGACCCUUCUCACCAAAUUAAAUCAGGCAUUGUGUCCAUGAUGGUGGUUUUCACAUUCGGAUAUGCUCUGGGAUGGGCUCCCACAGCCCAUAUUCUCAGCGCAGAAAUACCAGCGCUGACGGUUAGAGAUAUGACCUACCGAUCUGCCUCGGUUCUCAACAUUGCCACACAGUAA